AUGGCCGACAUCAAGUUCGAGGGAUGGCUGGGCCACAGCCCCGACAGCGUCAACGGAAAGAUGGAAUGGGGCGCCUAUGAGCCCAAGAAGUGGACGGAGGACGACGUCGACAUCGAGAUCAGCCACUGCGGAAUCUGCGGUUCUGACCUUCACAUGCUGCGCUCGGGCUGGGCUGAGACCCCUUAUCCUUGCUGCGUCGGCCAUGAGAUCGUCGGCAAGGCCGUCCGCGUCGGCAAGAACGUCAAGGACAUCACCGUCGGCGACCGCGUCGGUGUCGGUGCCCAGGCCCGCUCGUGCAUGAAGUCCGACUGCCCCGAAUGCUCGAUCGGUCGCGAGAACUACUGCGGUCGUGCCAAUGUCAGCACCUACGGUUCCGUCUACCCCGAUGGCGAGGGCAAGGCGAUGGGUGGAUAUGCCGACUACAACCGCACGAAUGGUCACUUUGUGAUCAAGAUCCCCGAGGGUCUGCCAUCAGAAGAGGCCGCGCCUAUGCUGUGCGGCGGUAUUACGGUCUUCUCGCCUCUGAAGAACAAUGGCUGCGGUCCUGGCAAGACUGUCGGUAUCGUCGGCGUCGGCGGCCUCGGCCACUUCGGUGUCCUUUUCGCCAAGGCGUUGGGCGCUGACAGAGUCGUUGGUAUCUCGAGAAAGGCUUCGAAGAGGGACGAGGUCCUCAAGCUGGGCGCCGACGACUACAUCGCCACCGAUGAUGACCAGGACUGGUCCAAGAAGAACGCCCGCACCCUCGACUUGAUUGUGUGCACUGUCUCCAGCGACAAGAUGCCCCUUCAACAAUACCUGAGUCUUCUCAAGGUUUAUGGCACCUUCAUCCAGGUUGGUGCUCCCGACGGCGGCAACCUCCCUGCCAUCAACGCUUUCACCCUGCUCGCCAGCGGCAUCAAGGUCGGCGGCAGUGGCAUUGGCUCUCCUUCCGAUAUCCGCGAGAUGUUGGAUUUGGCUGUCGAGAAGAAGGUCAAGCCUUGGGUACAGAAGCGCUCUCUGAAGGACGCCAACCAGGCCAUUGUUGAUAUGGAGGCUGGCAAGGCUCGUUACCGGUACGUCCUUGUCAACGAGAAGCAUGCCACAUUGUAA